UGGAGGCCAAGAUGGCGGCUCAACUAGUGGAGGUUAAGAAUAUGGUUAUGAGCUUUCGAGUUGCGGAUCUACAGACAUUGCUGGGAUUUGCUGGUUGGAGUAAAAGUGGACUAAAACAUGAACUGAUGACCCGUUGUUUGCAGCUGGUGCAAUUAAGAUGCAGCCCCGAGGUUUUAAAGAAGAUAAAAGAACUCUAUGAGACUCGUAAUUCCAAAAAAAGUUUGGAACCAGUCUUGCAGCGACGACCAACAGAGACACUCCAAAUUGCUACUCUUGAUCACACAGGCUCUCUUACAAAGGUUCCAAUGCCUCCACCACCUCCUAACCUCGAAUACCCAGUACAGUAUGGAAAAUAUGUAAAUGGACUUGGAAAAUUUCCUCCCAAGGUGAUAAAACCUGAAGUGCGACUGGUAAAACUUCCAUUUUACGAGGUGCUAGAUGAACUAAUGAAGCCAGUGGAAUUGAAGAUCUUCAUCCUGGUGUCAAGUCAGUUCAAGUAGUGUUAAGAAUAUGUUAUACAGACUCGAGUUGCCCUCAGGAAGAUCAAUAUCCCCCCAACAUAGCUGUGAAAGUUAAUCACAAUUAUUGUGCUGUGCCGGGCUACUAUCCGUCAAAUAAACCUGGAGUUGAACCCAAACGACCUUGUCGCCCUGUUAACCUCACCCAUUUACUGUAUUUAUCCACAACUUCAAAUCGUGUCACAAUCACAUGGGGCAAUUUUGGUAAGAGUUAUUCUGCGGCUUUGUACCUGGUUCGACAGUUGACAUCAGAUGAAUUGCUGCAGAAGCUGAAGACCAUUGGGGUCAAGCAUCCAGAACUGUGCAGAGCACUGAUUAAGGAGAAAUUGCGAUUGGAUCCGGACAGUGAAAUAGCCACAACUGGACUCAGAGUUUCUCUUAUGUGCCCGCUGGUGAAAAUGCGUCUGUCAAUCCCAUGUCGCUCUGACACCUGUGCACAUCUGCAGUGCUUUGAUGCAGUUUUCUAUUUGCAAAUGAAUGAGAAAAAACCAACAUGGAUGUGUCCAGUAUGUGAUAAACCAGCACCAUAUGAUCAGUUAAUUAUAGAUGGACUAUUGGCAAAAAUUCUAACACAGUGUGAAGAAACAGAUGAAAUUGAAUACCUGGCUGAUGGUUCCUGGCGUCCAAUCACAACAGAAAAAGAGAGAGAGACUAGCAGUACUCCUCCUUGUAACAUGUUCGAACUAGGUUCUGAUAUCAAAGAGCUGAUAAUCGGUUCCAACAAUAAUGUAUUAAAUGGCAAAAGCAAUGCAGACGUUGUUGACCUCACACUAGACAGUUCUUCUGAUGAAGAUGAAGAUGGAAAUCCUCCAAAGAAGAGAGCACGAUACAUCUACGAUAAAGGCUUAGUUUCAGCCUAUUGACUUCAGCAGGCAGCUCUGGAAGUUAUAAACUGAUGAACUUGAAACUUCCAGUGCAUCACUCUGUAGUUUGUUUUUAUAAACCAAGUGAACAUGCGCUUUUAAAGUUGCAAGUGGGUCCAUUUGUCAAUUGACUGGCUAGGGGUGGGCUGGGAGAGGUACUGAAAAGGAGUCAGACAUCUCCUGCACAAGCACGUACACCAUUGACAAUGCAAAGUUAUGGCUUAUGGAAUGAAGAUUCACUAGUUUUAAGUACACCUGAAAUCAUCAUGUGGAUAACAUGAAAUUUUCGAGUAGGAUAAAUGAAGGCGUCUUCUGCCUGCAGACCUUCAAGAAUUAAUACUGCGAUCCAUGGAGACUCUCUUUUCUCUGGCCUUUGUCUCUGCAUUGAAGAUGUCUCAUUAUGAUGGCCUGCCAUAUUUUGUGUAUCCAUUCUUCAUAAUUUUCAGUGUGAAACUAGAACUCUUGAAAUCGCUUGAGCAGCCCCAUGUAGUGAGUAGGCAUGCACUUGAGUAGUGGGAAGGUUAAGCUCACUCUUUGUGGUGAUGGUUUAAGAAGACAAAACAGCCAACUACCUCAGAAUACAGCACUGAAAUCAGGUGCACACAGGAUUGGCUACAAAUUAAAACAUAAGUAAUGAAUAAUCAUAUGGUAAAAAGAGAGGGCUGUCAUUGUGCAUUGUCUGUCUACAGAGUUGUGUGCUGUAUACUGGAAAAGGUGGUAAAAGUCAGUGUUUGCUUACAUCAUCUUGUAAAAGGUGUUGAGGUUUCAGGUCCCUGUUUGUGUAGAGUUUUUUUUUUUUUUUUUUUAAGGUGGUGUAGAAAAAGUGCAGUAUGUCUCUCUGGGCAGUACAUUGUACCUGUAGCAGCUCACUGCCAAGAAAUUUAAAAACUUCAGUGAGGAAGGCUGUGGAUUUUGUUUCAUUGGGUGAAUUGAACUACGAGUUUCAUUAUUAGUAAGAAAUACUGAACACUUGAUAUGACAAAAAAAGGCCUAAGAAUCCAGAAAUGGGAUCUGAAUCUUAAGUUUUACAUUUUUAUGUGGAGAACUUUAUAAACACUGAGGUUCUGUGAUUCCAGUAGCUCAAAGUAAAUAUGUUCAGUGUGCAGUUAUGUGCAAGAUGCUGUCCACUGAGCACAUGGUCCAUUUUUUUUUCAUGAAAGGAAAUCAAUGUACAGUUUGAUUUCUCCCUUUUGCUGGUGGUGCGUGCUUGAAUGGAUUGCUAGUUUGAAAAGUAUGUCCUGUACUGUCAUUUCACUCAUGUUUCAUUAUAUUGGUUGGGAGUAUACCUACAUCAUUUUUUUGAGUGAUGGUCUCGUAUAUUAGUUCACUAUUCUGUUUUGUCACAGAGACUUGUAUGCUCAUUAUAAAGUGGUCUGCCCUAGUAUUUUGACAAGGUACAUUUUCUACACAUUGUGCAUUGACUGUUUGCCUCAGACCUGCAUAUCCUGUAGUCUAAUUAUCUUUCACUUUACCACUAAACAUCUUUACUUUUUCUGUUACAUAUUACAUGUGCUUGCUUUUAGGUGACUGUCUUGCCUCUUGUGUGUUGAAUGCAUACACACUCGUCCUACUCCAACAGUGGGAAGUAUCAGUAAAACUACCCUUCAGAGUGGCAUGGCAUCAUAAACUUCUGUGAAGUUGGGCAACUAGGAUGACUUGUCUUCCUUAGAAAAUUCUUGGUCAGUCCCAGGUAACGGCCUCCAUUUUUGAUACAGCACUUGAAAAUAGUAUCUUGGCAAAGCACAGUAAAAUGAUAAAAAGUGAUGAGAGCAUUUAGCUUUCUGAGACUUGCCAGAGAUACUACAGCUUCUUUUCAUAGUUUGAAAACAUUUUUUUUCUGUUCAUUGCAAAUAAAUUCCCCACCCCUACCUUUUUCUAGUUAAGGUGUGUUUUUGUAGAAAUAUGGUUCCUGGUCUGACCAAGAAUUGAAUUAAAAGGUUUGCAUACAUUUCAGUGAGACAUUGAAACCCAGGUUUAACAGUCUUUUCAGCAUUGAUGCAUGACUUUCUACCUUCAUGCUGCCUAUAUUUCUUCAGUGCAACCAGGAGCAAAUGUUCCAACAAUGUUCUUGUUAAAAUGCAUAGACUUUACAGGGUUGUGCAAAGACAUCCUUUAGGCUUCAAGGACACAAAGGCAGAUUUGUAUAUCCUUACAUUUUAUUUUAACACUUUUUGUAGCAUUGGUUACACCAAUAUUGUUUCUCAGGAGGAUUAGUAGUAAUUGGUUUUCACUAUAAGUAAUGUAUAUGUCUUUGUCUCAGUAGCAUGUUCUGCAGUCUAGGUAAAGCAGAUUUGUAAGCAGCAGCAAUUUGGAUUGCCCUGUAAUAUAUUCUCUGGUAGAAUAUAGCCAUCAUUUUCCAUUUAAAACUGCUUAGUCAUGUGAAGUUUUGUUUGUGUAACACUGACUAAGGAAGGUUUAAGUUAUAUGAAGUAAUAUGAAGUGUUGGAAAAUGUACAGCACCACUACUGUCCCAACAGCAGGACGUAAACUGUCAAAGUACAGUAUGUAAAAUUUAAUUUCUUCUUGAUGCAGUUUGGUACACAACUUAUUAGCAUUAUGCUCUGAAACGAAAUGCCAUUUUCCCUUAGUUUGUUACUGAUGUAUUUUUUGAGUUGUCUUGUUUUAAGUGUGUGUGUGUAAUGUAAUAUAUAUAUAUAUAUAAUGUAUGCACGCACACAUUUUAUGGAAACAGCUGUUGAUACCAGCGUUUUACCCCAGUGCACAGUGGUGAUUGGUGCUUUAACGAUUCUGUGCUAAUCCUGCUUCUCAUCCCUAGCUCUUACCUAGAUUGCUUUGAAUCUGCUACAGAAAGUUAAUGCAUUCCGCUGUGGUCCAUUCUGGAUUCAUUGUAAGACACUGCCCUCCAGCUCCCCCUACACUGACUACCUCCAGUGCACUUCUAGUACUCCAGUAGCCUAUGCAAAUCUUUGUCAAUUGUUUUCUUCCUAGUUCAUGUGAAAAUAUCCAGUGGCCUAGUAUUCAGUCUGUCAUGUAGCUAUCCAACAGGAAAUCAUUGCAUUUUGACUGUGUAACAAAGAAAACUGCUUUCUAGCAAGUGAUGAACUUUGGAUUUUCCCCGUGUUCAGCUCCUUUGUUUACAGUGUUGCCACCACUAUCAUAUUCACAAAUAUCUGGCUUAUUUUUUUCUGGUCUUAUCCAGUAGGAUGGCUGUGAUGCAGCUGCGUCUUCGGCAACCACCAUUAGAAAAAUAUCACUUCAUAAAGAGCUUAGUAAUGAAGUUUUGGCAUUGUACCAGUUUCAUUAUUUAAAACUUGAUAAUAAAAAGCCAUAUACUAAGUUUAUCAGUUCACUUGCUUAUUUCAUAUAGAUGGUUAGCAACCCAAGUCUGUGUAUUGAUCCUGAUUCUAUAGGCUUUCUUCCCAUGCUUAUUUCUUGGCUGUUAACCAAGAGCUAUUCUGUGUAUUUUUUUCCAUUGCCAUCUCCCAACCUUAUGUGCUAAAGCUCCUUGUUUUCCAGAAACCUCCCAGCUAUACCCAGCCUUCUGUGGCACUUACUAGUCAUUGCAAGUUACACAUUGUAGAGCCACCUGAUGACAAGCGUGGGAAAGACCUUUGGGGUAUUCCCCACGGGAAAGGACUCCUCAGCAAAAGCCAGGAUGCAGAGUCUGAGCCUAUUAAAUUAUUAAAUACUUUAAUGAUUUUUUUUGUUCUCUCUCCUUAUUGCCCAUGGAUUAGUGCAAGAACGCACAUAAGUGUGGAGACUGGCUAGUUCUGUUUUGUACACUGGCUGUAUUGGAUUGCCUUCUGCAGUAGCUCACAUUGGAAGUGUGAAAGAGACCGUCCUUCCUCUUCUGAUAAGAGUACUCUUUGUAGUGUACCAUACCCAAGCUACUGCCUUACGAGCACUAGAUUUGCUAUGGUGCUGCCAGAAAAACUGGAACAGAGGAGUAGGCAUGCUGUUAAAUUCAGUUAAGAGUGUUCCUUUUCACUUACCAGUUAGCUUCAUUUUAUCGGAAGAUUCUCUGUUCUGUUCCAGUGUGUUACAAAAAAAAAAAAAGCAACUAGCUGAAUGCACCUUUUAUGAGGGAGGGUUCUGCUGUUAUGCCGCCUUGCUGCUGUAGGUUGUGCUUAUAUGUUUGUUUUACAAAAAUCAUGGGGUGUGGACUUCAGGGGAGGCUACAUCUGCUGCUUCUCAGAUUAUUUUGAAUGAAACGACAUGUACAGUUGGAAUGUUUAGUUCCCUUGUUCAAGACCAAAAGAGAUUGGAAAUAUAAUUUGCUGUGUAAUUUUAUCAGCAGUUAACAUUGUAGGAUUGUGUCGCCAGAAUUGUUUUACUAGUUUUAUUUGGGAAAACAGUUAUCUGGGUUUCAUGCAGUUUAAAAUCGUUAUUGUUUUGUAAGCAGUGUUGAUUUCUGUUAAUAUUGAUGCAGUGUGCAUAGCCCUCUAAAUUAGCAGCUAAGUAACCCCACCCCCAUUCCCCAGGUUGUUACUGUAACCCUCACGCCCUUUAUAGAAUAAUUUCUUUUAAGGGGUCUGGGAUAUCACUUGUAAUAAAAUGUAUUUUUUUUUUGUAUAUCUGAGUAGGUGUGUGUGUGAUAAGCACAAGGUGCCCUGCUAAAGUGUUUUUUUUUUUUUUGUUUGUUUUUUUUGUUUUCUUUUCUCUUCUCAUGCUUUUACAUCAGGUUAAGCAGACAGCCUGAGCAGCAUUGCGGCCUGGUGGGCUUUACUAAUGUUUGUUUUAAUUUAAAUUGUUUUUAAAGUCAUGGUUAGGGCCAUGGGCUAAAAAAAUGUCUCAUUUGUUAUUAUUGUAUAUGUGUUCUAAUAUCUUUGUUUAGCAGACAAAAAUCAGAGUGUUUUGAAAGAAAAAAAUUAAAAUGACCAUUAAAAAGCAGGCAGCCAAAUUUGAGGAGAAGUGUUUGCAAUCAACUUUGGUUCUGCUUUUGAGAUGUGGAGGACUAAUGGUAUAUUUAUCCUGGCUGGUCACCUGUCUGUUUUUGGCUACUAAAUGUAGUAGUCAUAUGACAAUUUUUUUCUUUAAACACCUUGGUGCAUUUUUUUUUCUCUGAAAGAGCAUACUCUUACCAUUUGAAAACUGUUAUGGUGUUUAUUAUAAUAAAAAGAAUGUCUAAUUUUCAUUGAAA